AUGCAGUACCACAACGAGAAGGCUCCCGCUGCUGGCGGACCAGAAUACGACCUCGCUCCGACCGCUCAUCAGGCGUCGGGCACGGGAAAGGGCAAGCGCGGGUCUCGUUACCUCAACCUCAAGCGUCUGCCGACGCUGCAAGAGGUGCUGGACCGCCGCACCCGCGCCCCGUUAGACCUCUUCUGCUUCUACAUCUUCCUCCAGCGCGAAUCAUCCGAGGACGCGCUCGACUUUUGGCUCGACGUCCAGCAGCACGAGAACCUGUGCAAGGCGUACUUCAAGGACCUGAAGCGGAGCGGGCGGUCGGUUGAUGACGACUGGCCCGAGUUUGCCACCUAUGUUCGUGAGAACGGCUCGUACAUGGCGCCACUCCUCGACCUCGCCAGCCGCGAGACGUUACCCGCCGCCCGUCGUAGUUCGGAACUGCAGCGGUCGUCUCACCCGGGCGUUGGGACGAGCAAGGACGCCGAGCACGCGUACCACGAAAUGCACCGUCAGAGCACGCCGAGCUUGCGUGGGACUGGGCGAGGCCGCGCUGGAUCGAUCCACAGCACGCGAUCGGCAAUCGAGAACGUCCGCGGCAGCAUUAGAGACUGGGGCAAGGGCCGCCACAGCCAGCUCCGCGCUCCGACUAUAUUCUCUCGCGACCGUGCUAUAGAGAAGAACGCGCUCGCCGAGAGCGCCGAGCGCAUUUAUCUUCGCUAUCUUCUCCCUGGCGCCGAGCACGAGAUCUACCUUUCCCCCGCCCUGCGGCUCACCAACGUUCCCGUGUCGACUGAUGGCAAAAUCUCGCCCCUCAUUCCCGACCUCUUCCACGCGCAGAAGAUCUACAUCUUCCGCGCUCUCGAGCAGGACGCUUUUCCCCGCUUCCUCCGCGCCAAGGCUUUUGGCAACCUCACGCCGACCUCCGCCCUAAUCCGCCUGAUCGUCGGCUUAGUCAUCCUCUGGGGUGCGUUCACGCUCUCGUUCACGUUUGUCUUCCUUGACUGGAGCCCCAACGCGCGCCGGCUUUACAUCAUCAUCCCGUACUUUUUCGCAUUCAACCUCCUCGUCGCGGCGUACUACUCGCUCUCGCCAUUGCUCGCUCUCUUCUCCCAGUCGGAGACGGUGCCAUUCCGCUUCAUCACGGUCGGUGAGGGGUAUGUGCGCAAGCUCCUCCUCUUACGAGGGCUGUGGAUUGAGGCCCUUGCCAUCCUCCUCACUGCGAUUUUCACAAUUAUCUUCUCGCUCGUCCCUGGGCACCGCUUGUGA